AUGGCAGGAAACCACUGGCCCAGCCACAGUCACGACGAUCCCCGUUGGACAGCUGUCGAUGCGUAUACGAUCCCGCACUCACAUCCGGCGCCGCGGCCCAAUGCCAAAGUGCUCGAGAAUGUGCUGAAGUUAUCCACGGCGGCUGGCCUCCCGGACUAUUCGCUCUCGCCGGCGCAGGCAAAGUUCCUGGCGCUGCACUGCCGGGCAUCAGGAGUGACACUCGCGCUCGAAGUCGGCACUUUGGGCGGAUACUCGGCCAUCUGGGUGGCGAUCGAGUACAACCCUAGACACGUCGACGUGGCACGCAGGAACAUUGAGCUCGCAGGGCUGUCGCAUCGCAUAGAAGUCAUUCACGGCGAGAGUGUCGAUGUCCUGGAAACGCUGCGUAGCGAGGUCAAGGCUGGGACGCGUCCCCAAUUCGGCUUCGUUUUUAUUGAUGCCGAUAAGGUGAACAACUGGAACUACUUCCGACUGGCCAAAGACAUGGUCAAGCCAAACUCAGUCAUUUGUAUGGACAAUAUCGUGCGCGAGGGAGAGUUGGCGGACCUGAGCAUCACCGAUCAGGACGUCGUGGCCAGCCGACGCGUGGUUGAGAAUGCUGGCAAGGAGCCCGGUGUCGACUCAGUCGUUAUCCAGACAGUGGGCGAGAAGAGCUACGACGGUUGGUUGUGGGCUCUCGUCAGCUAAUAGGGCCGCUUGUUGGCUCGGGUUGAUCAUUCUGCGCAAUGUUGAUAUUCAUGUAGUAAUGGCUUCGCUUAGAAAACAAGGUGACAAGCGUGGGCCGAGUGUUGGUUGUAUUGGCGCAAGCCUUGUAUGAUGUAUCACAGCUCGGGCAUGAUGAAGACGGCAAAUCCAAUCUCGUAUUGUGAAUUCACAGGGACAUG